UAAAGUCAAUUUACCAUAGCAUAACAUGAGUUGUCAAUAAUUAUUGUGAUUGAAACUUGUGAAUGCAAAAUAUCUCUUUUUGUCUACUCCAAACUCCUAGAUACUUACAAUAUUAGUAAAAGGGAAAGUCGAUUUUUACUGCACUUCAAAAAAAAUCUUUUAUUUAAAUGGCUUUAGUUGCAUAUGAAAACAGUGACUCGAGUGACUAUGAGGAGGAAGACAAUAAUGAUACUGCAAUUGCGCUAUUGAACAACAAAACUGCAAUCAAGCACGAUCCAGCAGUAUCGAAGCCUGCUGCAAUUGAGGAUGAACAAGAGUUAGAGCCUCAACAGAAUGGACAAAGUUUGUUUAAUUUCUUACCUCAACCAUCGAAACUGAAACCAGCUGUCAUUGAAGAGGAUGACGAGUUCUUACACAAGAAAGAAAUAACCAAUACUGUGAAACCUAAGGCCAGGAUAACAGUUCCAUCACUGAAUGAUUUCAAAGAUGUUAAAGACAGCCCAGUUGUUGUGAAACCAAGAGCACCAGCCGAUAAAAAAUCUAGCUUGCUAAGUAUGCUGCCGCAGCCAAGGAAUGGAGUGAAGUCCACUACAGUGUCAUUAAUACCACAAGUAGUCAAAAGGAAGCCAGAAACUCCAGUAAAGAAAGCCCCCUUACCAACACCAGUUAAGAAAUGCAAAGUUGAUAGCAAACCUCUUGUAAAUGAAUAUUCAGAUGAAAGUGACAGUGAAGACCUACAGAAUGACUUCUUCUCAAUACACAAACCUGUGGAAUUACCUGAAGAUGUAGAGCUACCAUUAGACAUUGAUCAAAAUGCUAAGAAACCUAACAAACCCAAAGGAAUUGAAUCUUUCUUCAAGAAGGAGGAAGACAUAAAACAUGUAAUAUUGGAACCAAACUAUGAUCAAAGUGUGGAAGAGCAGGCUGCAGGUGGUUCUAGUUAUGAUGAUGCUGCAUAUGGAGAUGAGGGUUCCAACAAUGAUGUACAACUUAAUGAAGAAGCUAUCCUGAAACUGUGUGGUGCCCGUGGCAAACGGAAACGUGAGGAGAUUCAGAUAGUAGAUGUGAAUCAAGCAGAGGUGUUGGCCAAUGCACGGGAGAUGUUGAUGAAGGGACUGAUGGACGACACUACCAAGCGUGUGUCUGCUAGCAAGAAGAAAGGAAAUGAGCCCACCACACAACAGAGGAGAAAGCACCAAAUCACAUACUUGGCUUAUCAGGCUAAAGCAAAUGAAGCAGAAUUACAGAACCAAUGGGCAAACAACAGGAUGUCGAAAAGACAAACACAAGCCAAAUAUGGUUUCUAGCACAAGGCCACUCGGGUGAAUUUCUUCCGAAGACAUUAAAAUAUAAUCCAUCAACAGGACUACAACAAACAAUAAAUAAGGAUACAGUUACAAGUUUUGUUUAUUUGUACAUGACGAAUGUAGAACUAGUUACUACUAAUUAGAUUAAAUUACAAUCUCCUGGCUUUUCUUGGUCGGGGCGGGUUCCAUGAUACGUGGGUGUUGUCUGUGAUUGAGACUAUAUCCAAGCCACCCAUUUGUAAACCUUUUACAGCUGCCUGUAAAUAAUGUAAUGUUGUGAUUAAACUAAAUAAAUCUCGGAGUAGGUAUAUCUGUGUAAACAAA